GCCGAUCAUCAUCGCCAUCGUCAUGUUUGUGCUAUGUCGCUCUUGUCGCUUUCGUAGCUUUCGUCUACUUGUGGCGUCGCAUUCAAAGAAAAUUAUUAUCGCCUCUCAUUUGCCCUUCGUUCAGCUUGUAGUGUUAACGCGUGGCUAAUUAGUGAUCACCAGACCAGCUGUGGUGUCCUGCUGGUACAGUUUGCCAGAGCGACGUGCGGAAGUGAAAUGGCGCCUGUCUCUGAAGAUGAGAUUAUCCGCAGGAAACUUCUCAUUGACGGUGAUGGAAUGGGCGACGACAGAAGGCUCAACAUGCUGCUCAAGGUUUUCCUAAAGUGGUGCAUGACUGACGAUGACACUGAAGAGGAGAACAAGAUGGUGUACGAGCGCAUGCUGAUGACACUGGCCCAGUGUGAGUUCUCCAUAUCAAAGUCCCAGCAUGUCUUGGCCAUGAACGAUGCCGAGAUGAAGAACUACGAACAGCUGUACAGCGAAAUAGAGGUUGGCAUAGCAAAUGCCCAGAAAAAGAUUGUGGAGAACAAGUUGGAGCUGCAGAAGGCCAAGAGCAUCCGCAAGAACAAACAAGAGUAUGAUGCCUUGGCCAAGGUGAUAGCGAAGCAGCCAGACAGGCGAGGCAUGCUGUCCCAGCUCGAGUGCCUGGAGAAGGAGAUCCGGUCACUGCAGCUGUCACAGCAGGCACUGGACUCUCGCCUGGAGCAUCGGCGGCGGCAGUUCCAUGUGCUGCUUACAUCCGUCUGCGAGCUGGGCCGCAUCCUUAAGGAUGAAGAAAAUGGAGAUGUGGAAUCACAAGCCAUGGACACAAUGUGACGGCAGCAGCAUGGGCACAUCCCAAGAGGUUGGGGACUUCACUUCUGUUUUGCAACAAAACAUCAUUUUUAUGUGGAAGGUGUAGAGCCUAGCAAUGUACAGAAGCAAACAAAGUAUUAUGUUUCAAAAAUAAAUGUGGUGAUAUGAAGGUU